GGGUCAACUUUUACACGCUCAAAGUGACAACUGCAGCAGACGGUGAAAAACUAACUGAUGAUAUUUCGUUCUGUUAUUAUUUUUUAAUAACUACAGUGUUGUUUAUAAAGUUUGAACGAGUUUUAAUUCCAGUAAAAUGGUGUUUUACUUCACAAGUGCCGUGGUGAACCCUCCAUUCACGAUUUAUAUGGGAAAAGACAAAUAUGAAAAUGAAGAUCUAAUUAAAUAUGGUUGGCCCGAAGACAUCUGGUUUCACGUGGACAAACUCUCCUCCGCUCACGUUUACCUGAGAAUGCCAAAGGGUAAAACCAUUGAUGAAAUUCCCCCCGAGGUGCUGAUUGACUGCGCACAGCUGGUGAAGAACAACAGCAUCCAGGGUUGUAAGAUGAACAACAUCAACGUGGUUUACACGCCGUGGUCCAAUCUGAAGAAAACAGGAGACAUGGAUGUUGGACAGAUCAGCUUCUUUCGGCAGAAAGAGGUGAAGAUUGUCGCGGUGGAGAAGAAGAUCAAUGAGAUCGUAAACCGUCUGGAGAAAACAAAAGACGAGCGCUUCCCGGACCUGGCGGCAGAAAAGGAGUCGAGGGACCGGGAGGAAAGGAACGAGAAGAAAGCUCAGCUCCAGGAGCAGAAGAGGAGAGAAAAGGAGGAGCAGAAGAAGAAGAAGGAGAUGGAGGAUCUCAAGAACUAUUCUUCACUAAUGAAGACUGAAAACAUGAAAACUAACGAGGACGGCAAUGAUUCGGACGACUUUAUGUGAGGUGAAAAUGAGACCGAGAGAUCAGGACAUUCUGCUGCUGCGUUCGCUUGCUGUAACUCUUCACAGACGUUGAAAUAUUUUAAAAAAGGAAAACAUUUUGCUUUCGAACACUCGGAACAGAAAGCAAACCUCUGAGUGAUGACGCAGGAUCGAGAGGUUCUACUUCUAAUCAAGUUGGCUGGACUUCUCUGCACAGGAGGACAUUACAGACGACAGUGCAGCUCAGUAGAAGUUGUUUUUGGGCAAACUCACAAGAGAACGUUGGUAAAAAUUGU